GAAGUUCAGAGCAUUAUUGGCAAAGAGAGUCAAACUCUAAAGGAUAUCAUGGAGAAGCUCCGGAUCAAGUAUUCUGAAAUGUAUACAAUAGUUCCUGCAGAGAUUGAAGCACAGUUGGAGGACUGCAAGAAAGUAUUGCGAGACCUAGAAGACAAGGUUAGCUUUGAAAUCUUGCAGAGCUCUCCUCAGUAUGUGCUGAAAAGAAAAGCAGAAACUAUUAACAAUGGUCUUCAAGCUAUUGAAAAGAUGUUAGAACAGAAGAGUGAAAACAUUGCAAAAGCCAAAGAAGUUCAGAAGCAAAUCUGGGAUAUGCUGGACCUUUGGCAUUACAAACUCAAUGAACUGGAUGCAGAAGUGCACGACAUAGUAGAGCAGGAUUCCUGCCAUGCACAGGAGCUGAUGGAUAUCUUGGUAACCCCCCUUCAGCAGUACCAACAGGUCUCGCAACUUGCCGAGCGCAGAACUGCCGUUUUGAACAAGGCUGCCAACAAGAUGGAAGAAUAUGAGGAACUCUUAAAGGAUGUGAAAGUUUGGAUAGAAAGCACCAAGUGCUUGCUAAGAGCAGAUGCUCAACAUGACUCUGCGAAAAGCUUACGCAAACAUACUGAUGACCUUCACAUGGCCUUGGAAGACUCAGAGCAAAAGCAAAAUCUCCUGCACAAUGUUUACUUGGAGCUGGAGGAGCUAACACCAGUCUUUGAGACAGACAGUGUGAUGCAACAGCUAAAUGAAAUAGAUGAUCAAGUAGCAACUUUACAGCAAGAGACAGCUGAGAUUCUUCCACAGAUCCAGCAUGUGGCUGAUGAAUUGGAUGCCAUUGAAUCUCAUGUGAAAGCAUUUGAGAAGGAUAUUGCCGAAAUGAAGACAAUCCUGUCAUCAGAUGAUCUGUUAGAAUUUUCUCCUAAAGACCAACUUAAACAUGGACAGGUUGUACUUGACCACGUUGGCCCCAUGCAGAAGACCAUUGUUCAUAUACUGUCCUACAAAGAAGCACUUCAGCUACCAGGGGUGAAAACGCAACCUUUCUCAAUCUUCCAAAGAGCAAGAAAACUCUUGAGAGAAUUGAAGAAAUUAGAAAAAAUUACUCAGGAACAAAAUGACUUACUGGAGGAUUCUGUAAAGAAAACAGAAGAAUGUGAGCAAGAAAUUGAAAAGUUGAAACAGUUCUUGAAGAACCAUUUGGUUGAAAUAUCACAUGAAGAUCAACCGCCGGCUCAGAAGACUCAUUGUCCAGAGGGAGAAAUGGAAGCUGUAAAAGAAGAAAUCAUUAAGCUGUGCCAAAGAAAGGAAGACAUCCUCACCAGGAUGAAGAAUUCAAUGUCUGAUCUUCACCAGUGCUUACAGCAAGAAGUGGCUGAAUCAGAAGAUGAACCCACAGCCUCUCUCAAGGCACAAAGUGACUUGAUUUGGACUGAUGUUUCUGGUCACCAGCUGAAAAAAAGAGGAAUGAUGUCUCUUCUGCCUUCCUUAGAUGAAGAAUCAGAAGACUGUUCUUUCCACAGCAAAGGAAGUACAGCCACAGAGACAGAUGCAAGCUUUUGGCCUCCAGAAAGAGAUGAUGAAAGGCACAAGGAAGACAGUGCAACCUCCUGGUCUUCUGGUACCUUGUCCAAUGGCAUCAUUCAGGAUGCUGAUGAGAUAACAGAAUCACACAGUAAACACGGUGAGGAAACGUCUGUGCAAACUUUGCAGAGCACUGCAGGCCCUGGCACAGGUGAUGGCAGUCAGGCUAUGGGUGACAAGCUGCCUCCUGUCCCCAUCGCCACCCCGGGCUCUCGAGGGAAAGCGGGAGAUUCGGAGAAAACCGUGGAUGGCGGUAGGCCUGAGCCAGAAACAAUCCUCCAGGCGUGCCAGGCCCAGGUUGCCGAGCUGGAGCAAUGGCUAGACAAGGCUAAAAUGUCCCUGGGGUCAGACACCCAGACCCCCAAAAUGCAACAGAUGGUGGAACCGCAGCUUGCUGAUUGCCAGGUGAUGUUAUCAGAGAUUGAACAAAAGGUCCUUUCUUUACUGGAAGAUUGUGGAGAUAGUGCAGACUGCCAACAAGAGACAGAGGCUCUUUCCUUGAAGCUGAAGGAAGUGAAGUGCAAUUUAGAAAACGUCCAGUUGAUGCUUCAAGACAAAUACAAUGAAGAGCAGGAUCUGAAAGUAAAAGGAGCUGAGCAGAAAAGCCUCAUUGACUUCAUUGAGUCAUGCAUGGAAAAAAUGCAGCCACAGUUUGAGGACAGCGUGACUCAGAAAUUAAAAUCAAGCAAUGGAGAACCUGACCCAAAGAACAAGCAGGCUGAUCCCACCUUAACUCCAAAGGACCAAAUGGGUAAUAAAUGGCAGUAUUUACAACAAGAGCUGUCGUCAAAGAUGAAGUCUCCACUCUGCCAGCUUGUGGAACCUCAGAUUACAACAAAGAUGAACGUGCUGCCCCGAGGCACAUUUGCUACUGCAGGAACUCCAACUGUGGAAGAACUGAAAACCUACACGGUCCAGCUGGGAGACCUAAGCCAAGAAGCAAAUGUGGUGCAUGCACAGGAUAAUGUGGCAGAGAAGGUCUCUUCCAAUUUGGACAGAAAAUUGUUUGAGCUGCUUCUGGCAAUCAGCCGAUGUUUGAAUAACACGGAGGAGAUGUUGAACACCUCAGUCCUCUCCACUGAAGAGGCAGCUGUGCAGCAGGCUCUUUACGAGACUCUUUCUGUCGAGCUGCAAAAGCUUCACACUGAUCUGAGUGAUAAAAAGGAUGAUCUUCUGAAGUCUAUUAGCUGUGCUGGUGGGAGCACGGAUGUGUUCUGUGAGUGCUUUAACAACUUGCAGGCACGGCUGGAACAAACUCAAGCUGCCACUGCUUUCAGGAGCAACUCCAUGAAAGCUGGCCUGGAUCAUAAUAGCAAUUAUCAGAAUGAAACCAGGCUGCUCUAUGAUCAGUUAACUGAGAAAAAAGCUACUCUGCAGCAAUGCUUGAAUGCUAUACAUGGACAUGUUUCUGAACAGCUUCAGAAAACUGAUGCCUGUGCUUUGGAGCUGCAAAACUUUGAAAACCAAGUAGCAAAAUUGAGAGGCCACGGGGAAAGAUUUCAGCUACCUAUCACCUUAAUCCAGGAAGUUUAUAAAUUAGAGGAUGUUUUGGAUGACAUGUGGGGCAUUCUCAAAGCAAAGUAUGUGGAGCUGAACUCUCCUUCCAUCAGCGAGAGCCAGUAUGAGAGCUUACUCCAUGGAUUUGCAGAGCUGGUAGCUAUUGCACGGGAGAAGAUUGCACAAGAUCCAAAGCAGCUAAUGAAAAGCAGAGCAGCUCUACAGUCUCACCUGCAAAAUCACAAGGACUUUUUCCACAACCUCAUGACCCACAUGACUUUCAUGCAAGCAUUUUCCAAGAAAGUGACUCCCUCCAUCCUACAAAAGAGAGAGAAAUUCUGGAGAGAGCUGGUCAAUGAAGUCAAGUUGCUGGAGCAUAAGGCCUGCCAGUAUGGUAUACACUUGGAGAGCCUGUUAAAGGAAUGGAUGGAAUUUGAUGAUGAAUGCCUAAUUAUCAAUAAGGAGUUAGAGGCACUUGCCUCUACAUUGCCUUCUGUGAAUUUGGUUGAAGAAACAGAAGAAAGAUUAAUGGAAAGGAUUACACUUCUGCAGCAAAUCAAAAGCAGUGUCGAUGAAAAGCAUGCCAGGCUUUACCAGAUGGUGAAAGAAGGGAAGAAAUUGCUGACUGCUGUGAACUGUCCAGAAAUAAGAAGCCAGAUUGGGAAGCUGGAAGAGCAGUGGUUGUCUUUAACCAAAAAAGUUGGCCAUGAAUUACAGCGACUUCAGACGUUACUCAAACUCUUGGUCAGCUACAACAGAGACUCAGAGGAAUUAAUGAAAUGGCUGGAUUCUGCUCAGCAGAGAAUGAACUUCUGGAAGGAGCAGUCUCUCAAUGUGUCACAGGAUCUUCCCACCAUCAGGGAUAACAUCAACAGCUUGUCUACAUUCUCUAAGGAAGCUGAUGAAAAAUCUUCCCUGAAGUCAUCUGUGGUGAGCACUGCCAACCAGCUCUUUCACGUGAAGCAAGCUGAUACUGCAGCACUUAGGUCAUCAUUGGCAAAGUUUGAGCAAAAAUGGGGAGAACUGAUUAUAGAGCUCCCAGCCAUCCAAGAAAAGCUGCACCAGCUUCAGAUGGAAAAACUCUCAUCACGGGAAGCUAUUGCUGAACUAAUGGCCUGGCUGGACCAUGUGGAGCAACAGCAGGGACAUGAGGAGCCAAUAAAUUCACAAUGUAGCACUGCCCAAGUCAGAAGCCUCCUUCAGAAGUACAAGGAAUAUACGAUGGAAAUGAACUUUAAACAGUGGAUGGUAGACUUUGUUAACCAGUCACUCUUGCAGAUGAGCACUUGUGACGUGGAAAGCAAGCGGUAUGAAAGGACAGAAUUUGCCGAGUGUCUUGGAGAGAUGAACCUGCGGUGGCACAGGCUGCAGGCGUCUCUGAACAGAAAGGUACAAGACCUGGAGCACGUUUUAGAGGACAUUACUGAAAAUGAGAACAAAGCACAGACUCUGCGCAACUGGCUGGAAGCUCAGAGUGAUCGACUGAGAUCCUUACAAACCCCAGCAAGUCUGAUUUCUGCACAGAACACAUUAGAUGACUGCAAGGAGCUAGAAAAUCAACUUGCAACUAAAACCAAAAUUCUUGAUGAGCUCAAACAGAGUUUGGCUGUGAAUGGUAGUGCAGAACAAGCUCCAGAAGCUCUGUCUCUCAGGAUAGCGGAGCUGUGUGACAUGGUGGACAGCAUUGUAAGCCAGGUUGCACAGUUAAAGACCUCAAUGCAGUCAAUACUGGAGCAGUGGAGAGCAUACGAUGAAGUUUAUGUGGAAGUCAGCCUGAUGACAAUGAGGUAUUUGUACUGCAUAGACCAGUGCAAACCUUCUGUGCUGUCACUGGAAGCUUUGAAAAACCAGGUGAAAACUCUCCAGUCCCUUCAAGAUGAAUCGGAGAACAGUGAAGAAAGUUGGGCCAAGCUCCAGGCUGCUGCCAGUAAGCUGAAGAAGAGCUGCUCUCCCUCCUCUGCAGAGAUUAUUGAACAGAAGUGCAUGAAGGCACACACCAGGUGGAACUCAGUAAAUGAAGACAUCACAGACCAACUGCGGACAGCACAAGUGACCCUGCAGCUUUGGGAGCCCUUCGAUGCUUUAUGCACAGAGGCAGCAGCCAAGUUACAACAGCACGAAGAGCAGUGCACGCAGCUCUUGGAUGCUCACAUCCCUGAGCAUAACAUGAUAGAAACCCUGAAGCAGAGAAUACAGGACAUAAAGAAUUUACAGCACAGCCUUCAAAACAUAACAGGAUGCCGUACCCAGAUUUCUUUGCUGGCAGAUCGGAUCAAACAGCAGGCUUGCGCAGCUGCACAAACAGUUCUGCUGGAGAAGCUGCAGCCGCUCCAGAGAGCCUUCUAUUUGGAAAAGAUGCUGCAGAAGAAGUUAGAUGAAUUUGAGUUCAACCUUUUACAACUGGAGGAUUUCCAGAACUCCCUUGAAACGCUGGAGGGUCACGUCAAGAAUUGUACAGAUGCCUUCGAUAGCCUCUGUCUAGAGGGAGAAACAGAGAGCUCAGAAUUGCUCCUGAAUCACACACUGGAGCUUGCUGCACUUUCUCCAAGCAUAGAGAGUUUAAAUGAAGCAAGCAUUAAGCUGCCACUCAGUGACUUCACCCUGAAGAAAAUGCAGAGCCUGACUCGGCAGUGGAGUCAGAAAACAGCAACUGCUCUGGAACGCUGCAGUGUGCUUGAGGGAGCUCAAGAUGAUGAAAAGACAUUCUUUCAGAAAUGUGAAAACUGGAUGAAAUUCCUAGAAAAAAUGAAAGAGGCCUUAAAAAUAAAUAUUCCAGGACUGUUUGAAGAACUAGAGGAGCAACAGAGAGUAUAUGAGAUGCUGCAAACUGAGAUUUCCAUAAAUCAGCAGACAUUUAAUUCUAUCAUAGCAAAAGUUCUACUCUCCUUGGAAUCUGGAGAAGCAGAGAAAAGAACAGAGUUUAUUUCCAAGCUCACGUUGCUGAAAGAACAGUGGCAGAGUGUUAUCCGGAUGGUUCAGCAGAGGAAGAAAGAUAUUGAUGGACUCGUGAGCCAGUGGCAGCUCUUCAGGAGUUCCCUGCAGAGUCUUAGCAGGUUUCUUGCUGAUACAAACAGUUUCCUCAUAGCUAUGAAGAGCCAGGACUGCUAUAGCCUUCACCAGCUUAGAAAUCUAAUUCAUGAUUUCAAGAGCAAGGCAGUGAUUCUCCAGAGAUGGCAAGCCAUGUACUCCGUAAUCAUCGAUGUCGGGGAGAAGCUGCGUACUGUAACCGAUCCCGAAACCAGCGCUGUCCUCCAGGAGGAGCUCAGCCAGUUACAGCAGCAUUGGGGGGACACCCAGGUCCAGCUAGAGAAGAAGAAGGUGCAGCUCAGCAGCACCCUACAGAGUUGGGACUGCUGUGAAAAGCAAACCAAGGAAUUAGAAAGCAGGCUGCAAGAGCUGAAGGAGAAAAUAAAAGAUCCACUUCCAGUUGAGCAUGAAGAGCUCUACAAAGCCAAGGAACACAUUAAGGAGCUGGAGCAGUCGCUGGCGGACUGGGCCCACAACAUGAAGGAGCUGCGGGCCAUGAAGGUGGAGCUGGCUCACUGCAUCCUCACCGAGGACAUGGUGGUGCUCAGGGAGCAAGUUGAACAUUUGCACCGGCAGUGGGAAGAGCUCUGCUUGCGAGUGUCUCUGCGAAAGCAGGAGAUCGAGGACAGGCUCAACGCCUGGAUUGUGUUCAAUGAAAAGAACAAGGAGCUGUGCUCCUGGCUGGUACAAAUGGAGAGCAAAGUGUUGCAGACGGCAGAUGUUAGCAUCGAAGACAUGAUAGACAAAUUGCAGAAGGAUUGCAUGGAAGAAAUAAACCUGUUCAGUGAAAACAAGCUUUACUUGAAACAAAUGGGCGAUCAGCUAAUCAAGACCAGCAACAAGAGCCGAGUUGCAGAAAUAGACGAUAAACUCAACAAAAUCAAUGACCGCUGGCAGCAUCUCUUUGAUGUCAUUGGAGCACGGGUGAAGAAACUGAAGGAAACGUUUGCUUUCAUACAACUAUUGGACAAAAACAUGAGUAACCUUCGCACCUGGUUGGCCCGGAUUGAGUCUGAGCUUUCCAAACCUGUUGUUUAUGACAUCUGUGAUGACCAAGAAAUCCAGAAGAGGCUGGCAGAACAGCAGGACCUGCAACGAGACAUAGAGCAACACACCGCAGGGGUGGAAUCCGUGUUUAACAUUUGCGAGGUCCUGCUGCACGAUUCAGAUGCGUGUGCUAAUGAGACAGAGUGUGACUCCAUCCAGCAGACUACCAGGAGUUUGGACAGACGGUGGAGAAACAUUUGCGCCAUGUCUAUGGAGAGGCGAAUGAAAAUCGAGGAAACCUGGCGCCUAUGGCAGAGGUUUUUGGACGACUAUUCUCGCUUUGAAGAUUGGCUAAAAGCAGCUGAACUAGUAGCAGCUAAGCCUAAUUCGUCAGAGGUCUUGUACAUACAUGCCAAGGAGGAGCUGAAAAAAUUUGAGGCCUUCCAGCGGCAAAUUCACGAACGACUCACACAGUUGGAGCUGAUCAAUAAGCAGUACAGGCGCCUUGCCCGUGAGAACCGCACCGACUCAGCCAGCAAAUUGAAGCAGAUGGUACACGAAGGCAACCAGCGCUGGGAUAAUCUCCAGAAACGAGUGGCUGCCAUUCUGAGGAGACUCAAGCACUUCACCAAUCGGAGAGAUGAGUUUGAGGCGACGAGGGAAAGCAUCCUUGUUUGGCUCACAGAAAUGGACCUCCAGCUGACAAACGUGGAGCACUUCUCAAAAAGUAACAUUGAUGACAAAAUGCGCCAGUUAAACGGUUUCCAGCAGGAAAUAACACUGAACACCAAUAAGAUUGAUCAGCUAAUCGUUUUUGGGGAGCAGUUGAUUCAGAAGAGUGAGCCUUUGGAUGCUAUCCUGAUUGAAGACGAAUUGGAAGAACUUCAUAGAUACUGUCAGGAAGUGUUUGGACGAGUUGCUCGGUUCCAUCAAAGACUGACUUCAAGGCAUCCUGGAUUGGAUGAUGAAAAAGACACCUCUGAAAAUGAGACAGAUCCAGAAGACUCGAGAGAAAUCCAGAAUGAUCCCUGGCAUAAGAAGGCCAUCAGCGAGGGGCCCUCUUCACCACCGUCCCUUUGCCACCUUAUGCCCCCUACUCAAGGUCAUGAGAGAUCGGGCUGUGAAACCCCUGUCAGUGUCGACUCCAUCCCCCUCGAGUGGGAUCACACAGGUGAUGUGGGAGGUUCUUCCUCUCAUGAAGACGAAGAAGAAGCAACAUACUACAGUGCUCUGUCAGAUGUAGAAAUCACUGAAAAUCCUGAGGCAUAUCUUAAAAUGACCACAAAAACUUUGAAAGCAUCUUCUGGAAAGUCUGUUUCAGAAGCUCACCCUUGGCAUUCUCCAGACAGCCCAGUCUGCAGGAAACACCGAUACAGCCAGGCAGAGGUGGUUGGAAAUGUGUUGUCUGGUCCAGAGACAAGUACUCCGUAUAAGUCAGACUAUGUGAAGCAGCUCAGCUCUGCAAGCAGCAGCAGCAUCAACCAGGAGAAAAUCACAUCUACAAACAUGAGUGAUGAAGAACCCCAAGAUGACCAAGAGCUUGUGAAUAUAGCAGCUGUGGAGAAGCAGUCAGGCAUUAUUGAUAGGUGGGAGCUCAUCCAAGCUCAAGACCUCAGAAAUAAACUUAGGAUGAAGCAGAAAUUGCAGCAGUGGCAGCAGCUGAACUCAGAUCUCAGCGACAUCUCUGCUUGGCUUGAUAAAACUGAGGAGGAGCUGGAAGAGCUGCAAAAAGUGGAACCUCCAACCACCAUGCAAGCAUUGGAACAAAGGGUCAAAAAAUUGAAGGACAUGCUUAAAGCAUUUGAUAACUACAAGGCAGUGGUGCUUUCCAUCAACCUGAGCAGCAAAGAAUUCCAGAAAGCGGAUAGCACAGAGUUCAAAGAGCUUCAGAACAGGCUUCGGAAGGUGAACUUGCACUGGGAGAAAGCGACUCACGCGUUGGACAACUGGAGGAGAGGUUUACAGCAAGCCCUGCUGGAUUGCCAGGACUUCCAUGAUCAGAGCCAAAACCUAAUCCUGUGGUUAGCAAGUGCUGAUAGCCGAAGGAAUGAAGCACAAAUCACCGAUCCAAAUGCUGACCUCAAUGCAAUACUGGAAUGCCAAAAGGAGCUGAUGCAACUGGAGAAGGAGCUGGUGGAACAGCAGCUUAAAGUAAACUCGCUUCAUGAACUCACAGCUUACCUGCUGCUUAAAUCAGAUGGUGAUUACGUGGAAGCUGAUGAGAAGGUCUGUGUAAUUGGAAGGAAACUGAAACAGCUUAUUGAGCAAGUUUCACGUGACUUAAAAACAAUACAAGGAAAUCUGGUGAUAAAGGUAUUUAUAAAUGUUCCAGAUGACUUGGACUCAGGAAUCUGCAAUCCCGUUGCAGUGAAAUCCAGCCCUGCUGUGAGGAAGAGCACCGUAAGGAGAACUGCAGAUGGCAGAGACAGCAGCAGCACAAGACAUGAAAGCCAUCCACAACCUGUUCAAGCCAUUCCUCGGUCUCCUUCCUUCUUUUACCGUGUAUUACGAGCAGCUUUACCUCUCCAGUUGUUCUUUCUGCUGCUUUUACUUCUGGCUUGCAUGAUUCCUUCUUCUGAGGAAGACUACAGCUGCACCCAGGCAAACAACUUCGCCCGUUCCUUCUAUCCCAUGCUGCGGUACACCAACGGGCCUCCACCAACUUAG